UUCAGCACCAACGUCGACUGCGAUUUUACAAUGCAUGUAUAUUGUUGAAUGUGUAUAACAGUUAUAUGUUUUUAUUAAUUUAAAUACACGAAACACGUAAUAUUUAUUACAAGUUACGACCAAUAUACAUUUCUUUCUGAUCUCGAAGUCUAAACACAUGCUUAUAGAUUUUUAAUAACAUUUUACUAUCACAAUUUUAAUGUUGGAGUGUUUUUGAAAAGAAAUUUAAUGGCUGUUUCGUGCAUAAUUACUUAUAAAGGUUACGUGCAUUUACAAUAGUAGAGUGUAGCUAAGCAUUAAAAAAUUCCAAUGUAAAAGUGAAGGAGAAACCCUACAUGUAUAAUGCACAGUUUCAGAUAGAAACCUGUCAUUACUUCAAGAUUAAACGUUUCGUUGCGUACAAUGAAAGCCACUCGACUUGGAUGAGGGCCAUUAGCAAGAAAUGGAUAUUGAAUGAAUUCAAAGGUCACCUUUUAAUGGUAAAUGAACACCCAUGGAACACAAGUUUAAAGAUAAAAAUUAACUAUUUGUGUACAAUAUUACUAUAAACGUAAUCCAUAUGUAUACUUAUAGUAAAUCAAUACGAUUCAAUUGGCAUUUACCACACAAAUCCGCGUAAAUAAAUGGACUUAUUAUUGUUUAGGCGAGAUGAGUGGCCUCAAAUUAACGACACAUGCGAUCGCUCAAAAUAUAACGAUUAAAAAGAUGAUGGAAAUGUGAUUCAUUUCAAUUAAUUUUCUUAUCUACAACGAACACGUCAAAACAAUAAUAAUAUAUAAUACACACUGUACACGUAUAUCAUAUUAUAUUCAUCAUCACCGCCACCGCCACCGUCACCGAACCAUAACGUUGUUUAAUGCGAACACGUUUUUGAUAAAAAAAAAUUUUCAACGCUCUUACGACCAGUGAUUAAUGCGAGAUCGAGAGCAUAGUACUAAAGCAUCACAACAACAACAAUAACAAAAACCACUAUACAACAUCACCGCUAUCAGACAUCGGAAUAACAGUUCAGUCGAACCGCCGACACGCACUCGACCGGUCUCGUACGUACACGCAUGAUAUCCACACGCGGUCGAAUUGCACGUUUAACCAACGACAUAUCGUUUUAUUCGCACGACAAUUGUCGGACACGCGUAACGUAUAACGACAACAGCGACGGUAAACACGGUACGGUCACCGUACCAAGACACUCGCGGUAUAGCCCCGAUGGCCAUGUCGUUCGUCCGCGGUAUGGCGGCCCGCGUGUCCGUAGAGCCCGUGCUGAUGUUCUACUUCGUCGCGAUGGUGUUCUCGGUUUGCCUGAGCACCAACCUGCUGCUGUACAAAGCGUGCGAUCCGACGGGCGCGAUGGCCGGCCGGGUUGGCUCCAAGUGCUCGGACGAGGCGACGGCGCAGCACGUGGUGGCUCCGAUCAACGGCUGGAAGGCGCUCGUCCAACAACUGGUGCCCAUCGCUCUGGCCAUGGCCGCGGGCACGUGGAGCGACAGGCACGGCCGCCGCCGGCCGCUGAUCGUGCUGCCGAUCGCCGGCCAGAUAUUGGCGGACGCGCUGUCGCUGUACUGCACCGUCGUGUGGUCGGUGUCGCCGGCGCUGACGGCCACCGUGCAGGCGGCCGCUCUGUCGCUGACCGGCGGACCGCCGAUGCUGUUCAACGGCAUCAACUCGUACGUGGCGGACACGACCACGGACGAGUGGCGGACGGUAAAGUACGGUAUGGUCGGCGGCACGAUCGCCGUGGGCGGCAUACUGGGAAUGAUCGUCUACGGGUUCAUAGUGGUCAACGUGGGUUUCGCCGUCGCGUAUAUGGUGUCCAUCGCCCUAGGGGUGACCGCGCUCGCUCUCACGUUUGUGUUCAUCGACGACGAGGCCGCCCGCCAUAGGGCAAAAGAAGCCGGUGACCAGGUGCCGUUGUACCAGGACGUCGUCCGGGCGGUCAACCCGUUUUGCGUGCUCCGCAACUGUUACCGUGUGUUGACCAAGCAUCGUUUUGGCCACGGCAAGUUGAUCCUAUGCCUAGUCGUGUUCGUAUGCGCGCCACUCACGUGCGUACCGCUUGAGGGAGAAAUGUCAGUAUUAUAUCUAUAUUUGAGAUAUAAAUUCCAAUGGAAUGAAGUAAACUUCAGUAUUUUCAGUGCUUACCAACUGUCUAUUGUAUUAAUAGGCACAUUGUUUGCAUUAGGUAUUUUAAGCUACAAGUUUAAAAUGAACGAUGCGUUAAUUGGUACGAUUGCUUCUGUAUUUGAUCUAUUAGCUGCAGUCGCUUUCUUUUUAGUUUCCAAAUCAUGGCAACUGUAUUUAGUGCCGCCAUUAGAACUUUUUCGAGGUGCAGCUUUGGCUUUAACUAGUUCUAUAGCUUCAAAAUGCGUUGGAUCUGACGAAUUGGGUUCUAUGAAUGCAGUGAAACUAUUAACGGAAAGUACAAUGAAAAGUGGAUUUCUACCAUUAUACAAUUUUAUAUACAACCAUACAUUUGAAUCUAUGCCCAGUGCAUUUUUUUUAAUCAGUAUUGUUCUAACAACUCCACUUAUAUUCGUUUUUUAUUUGAUAUAUUACUUUAACGAAAAUCAAAAAUCGAAUACUGUUAAAAGCAUCGACGGUCAAAAUAAAAAACAAGACACCGAAGUCAACGACCGUAACGUAAUUAGUUACCAUAUUUAGUAGGAUAAUAUUUCACAAUGGUCAAUGACAAUACGUUUGUAAGAUUUAAGAUGUAUAAAUGUACAUUUAUAUUUGUAUUUUCAAUAUUUUAAUACAUUAUAAUAAUAAUGUUAUCUGAAGACUGCAGUUAUAGCUAAUUGUUCGUGUAUACACUACGACUAUUACAAGUACUAUUAAAAUAGAUGCAUAACGCAUUUUAUAAUAAGCAAUGUUAUAAAGACUUUAAGAAUAGUCCUGUACAUAAUAUAAUAAUCAACUUAAAAUAAAAUAGACCAUUUGUAUUAAAAUAAUUGCAUUGAAACGAGUGUAACAUAUAUUCCUUACUAAUCAUUGCAUCACUUCUCGAGACUAGUAUUGAUUGAGAUUUAAAAUUUAAAUGUAUAAACUAUAGAGUUUAAAUAAAAUUUACAGAUCCUAA